AUGUCUGUUUUUCUUGGGUUUAUAUCGGUUACUGUGAGUUUCAAGGACCCUAUUAGCCGUCUCGCUGAGAAGGACAGAGUUAUCACCGCGACCGGGAACCGUUGGACCCGACUGCGAGCUUGGGACGUGCAGCGAAAUCAACUACAACUUAUCCGCGGUUCGCUAGAUAUCAAAAUCUCAAUCCGAGACCGCCGGCUGAUAUGCGAAAUUCUAGGAGAAAUGGAGGCCAGCCUAAAAGACCUCUACUUCCACUAUGACUUCGGUCCAACUAACGAAAAUGCACUUGAAGUAGGGUCCCUAGGCACUUCUCUAGCAACCGGCUCACUAAGUCGCUUCUCUCACGGGUUACAGGUGGCGCAUCUAGACGCGAUUUUCGCCAAAGGAAGGGUAAGCGUUCACUACUGCGCGUGGCCAAUACUUGCGGUAUUCCCUAGUGCGUGGGGUGUUCCUACUUUUUAUACAGCGAGCGGUACUUGUAUCUCUGGAAUUUUCACCCGUUCGACUUUCCGUUAUGCCAGCGCGAGUGGCAGAGUUAUGUUGAACAUACGAUAA